AUGCAAUCAACGCUUCAGCAGCACCCAGCAUACAAGACUGUCCACAAGCAACUCACCAAAAUGGACUCCCAACUAACGUCCAAGUCAUUGCACAAUCGCAUCAACACGGACAUUUCACAGCUUCUUCAACGGUUCGAGAAUAUCAUGGCGACAGCUACGGUUGAAAACUCCAAUCACGCAUCCACCGCCGUGGAAACGUAUCAGUUGGAUGUUGAAUCGACUGCUUUGAUCCGCGCAGCAGAAGAUAUCCUCUCCUUGACGCGCAGCAUGAAAGAAGCAUGGUUAUUCGGGAAACUUAACACGCUCGGUGAAGAUGAGAGGGAUGUUAAGCGGAGGGAGGGGUUGGAGAGGGAUGCUCUUGCUGUACAGAAGGCGGCGUUUGGUGAAGGGGAGAGUAGGGGUGGGUUGUUGAGGGGGGGUAGAGGAUUCUUUCUUCCCUUUAUGGAUCUGAUGCCGGUGUGCUUUUUUAUAUGGUUCACGGUGUUUGGUUGGUAUAAUUUUCGAUGUGAUGGCGUUCUCUUCUUUCCGGUGGGCCUUGUCUAUGGGAUCUGUUGGUUGGUAGAAUUAUGGUAUAGUUAUUUUUGA